AUGCCCUCGCUGAAGGUUCUCAUCUGCGGUGGUGGCUGUGCUGGACCUGCCCUGGCAUACUGGCUUGCCUCCUGCGGCCAUAGAGUCACCGUCGCCGAGCGUUUCCCGGCUCUUAGGGCCUCGGGUGCGCAGAUAGAUCUCCGAGCUCAGGGCAUCGAGGUCGUUAGGCGUAUGGGGCUCCUUGAAGCCGUCCGCAGCCGGUCUGUUGACGAGAUGGGCGUCUGGGGGACUGUCCAUGCCAACAAAUCUGGCAAAGGCGCACAGUCUCUAACGUCCGAUUAUGAAAUUAUGCGUGGAGACCUUGUCCGGAUAUUAUAUGAUGCAACAAAGAAUGAUGUGGAGUAUAUAUUUGGCAAACAUGUGGAUAGUUUCGAUCAGGACGAACAUGAGGUAGUCGUCCGUUUCUCUGACGGUACAACCGAUACAUUCGAUCUCCUAGUCGGAGCAGACGGUCAAGGAUCACGUAUCCGGAAGGCUAUCUUACCGCUCGAUGCCCCGGAUCCUUAUUGGCGAAUAGGAGUACUUAUGGCGUAUUGGUUCAUCCCCCGUAUAGAGACGGACGGCAACAUCAGUACUGCCUAUCACAGUUCCGGCGGCCGGGCAUUAUUUCGAAGAAGCCAUAGUCCCGCAGAAUCUCAGAUUUAUCUUGCGCUCCGUGAUAACUCAAAAGAAUUAUGGAGCCUUCCCAGGGCCCCGAUCGUACAGCAAAAGAAGUUUUUUAUCCAAAGGUUCCAUGAUGCUGGCUGGCAGGUUGACCGGUUUCUCAAAGGCUUGGAGACCACAUGGUCCUUUUACUGCGAGGAGGCACUUCAAGUCCGCACAAGUACAUGGUAUAAGGGUCGGGCUGUUCUGGUGGGGGAUGCCGGGUACUGUCCAUCCCCGUUCACUGGACUUGGAACAACUGUUGGCCUUGUUGGUGCCUAUGUUUUGGCUGGCGAGAUCAACCGACACGCCGACAAUUUGCCUCGAGCUUUUGCAAACUAUGAUAAGAAACUACGACCUUUUGUCAAUGAUGUUCAAGCACUGAAUCGAGGAUCCAUACAGUACUACCUACCUCAGACGCAGCUGGGGAUCAGUCUUUUCCAUUUCUUUGUAUGGCUUCUAUGCAUCCUUCGCAUCCCCGAUCUUAUUGCACGGUGGUCAAAUGAGAAUGCUCACGGCUGGAAUUUACCAUAUUAUCCUGAGCUAGAUGCCAGGCAGCAUCACAAACCUAUGGAGAAGGUGGCUUAG